AUGGUGCUGCUGAGCGUCCCGCUCUGGGUCCGCAGGCGCCUCUCCGACCGCUUCUGGAGGGUGCAGGAGGUGCUGAAGUAUGCGCGGCAUUUUCGUGGGAGGAAGAACCGCUGCUACAAGCUGGCUGUGCGGAGUGUUCGGAGAGCUUUUGUGAAGUCUACAAGAGCCAGAAGAGAGAAGAAGAGAUUCCUAAGAGCGCUCUGGAUCACUAGAAUUGAAGCAGCUUCUCUUGAACAUGGUUUGAAAUACUCGUCUUUCAUAAGCUAUCUGUUUAAGUCCCAGGUGGAGCUGAACCGGAAGGUGAUCGCCGAUUUGGCUAUUUACGAGCCAAAGACAUUCAAGUCCCUGGCUGCCUUAGCCCAGAGGAGGAGACAGGAAGGCUUCCUGGCUGCCCUGGGAGAUGGGAAGGAACCCGAGGGGAUCUUCUCACGCAUCGUGCACCACUACUGA